CGUAACUAAGAGAAAUCCAGGAUUAGAGAUGAAUCGUUAUCAAUGAAUCAAUGGGUCAUGUCGUUUAUGAACUGAGAGUUAUCAGACCUUACCUAUAGGAAUAGAGGCAGAGAUCAACCCAUGACCCUACGGAGGAGAAGGAAGAAGAAUACGAUCUCAGAGACGAAAAGAGGAGAGAAUCGGAGACUCCGAGUCGAUGAUCUCUGAUUUUUCAAUUUCCCCCAAAUUAGAAAACUAGAAUUUUAAGAGUUUCGGUUUGCCCAAUGUCCAAUUGGUCUUAGACCAGACGUCCUCAAGCAGCCGACGACUCUCUUCGGGGAAGACGAUCAGGCUCGUCUCGAUCGGCUCAAGUACGUGUUGAAGGAAGGACUGUUCGAGGUCGAUUUGCGUGACAUCUCUGAGAUGAAGAAGAGGCAGAAGAGUGGGAUCAUGGGAGAUAGGAAGAGGAAGAAGAGUAGAGAUGAGAGAGGGAGAGAGGAAGGUGAGAGGAGGGAUGAUGAUGAUGAUGAUGAUGAGCUUAGUGGUGGUGGUGGUGAGUCUAGUGAUGUUGAUGAUGCUGAUAAGGAUUUGAAGCGUUUGAAAUCUAAUUUCGAGGUUCUUUGUGAUGAGGAUAAGAUUCUUGUGUUUUACAAGAAGCUGUUGAUUGAGUGGAAACAGGAGCUUGAUGCUGUGGAGAACACUGAGAGGAGAACUGCUAAAGGGAAGAAGAAUGUUGCCACUUUUAAGCAGUGUGCUAGGUAUCUUACUCCUCUCUUCAACUUAUGCAGGAAGAAGGGUUUGCCAUCUGAUAUUCGUCAAGCUUUAAUGGUGAUGGUUAAGCACUGCAUAAAGCGAGAUUACCUCGCUGCGAUGGAUCACUACAUCAAACUAGCCAUAGGAAACGCACCAUGGCCCAUCGGUGUGACUAUGGUUGGUAUCCACGAGCGUUCUGCGCGAGAGAAGAUUCACACCAACAGUGUUGCUCACAUCAUGAACGACGAGACCACUCGCAAGUAUCUUCAGUCGGUUAAAAGAUUGAUGACGUUCUGCCAGAGACGUUAUCCAACUAUGCCUUCUAAAGCUGUUGAGUUCAAUAGCUUAGCCAACGGAAGUGAUUUACAGUCGUUGCUCGCUGAAGAGAGGUACUUUGGUGGUGAUCGUGGACAAGUCUCGGAAGAGAGACUAUGCCUUAUGCCUUCUCAGAAGGACAACUAAUGUUUUGCAUCUUUGCAGUGUUUGUAAUGUCUUGAGCCUUUUCUAAGAUUAUUAUGAAAGCUCGACUAUUGUUGUAAUCAUAUAGUAUUGAAAACAAACAAAGGGUUCACAUUA